AUGCUUCCAAAUGUCCAGGGUGUCCAGGGUGAUGCUUCCAAGUCAAAGAACAAACAACAGCAGAAAGAACCAACGGGAAGCGUGACUCAGAACAAAAGAUUUGGAAGAUUCAGUGUAAACAUGCUUGAGUCGGUGCUUCAGGAAGUGGGAAAGCCUACUUUCAGAGCCAGCUCCUCGGCUACGUGGAGGAGGUAUGGCCGGCUAACCCGCAGCCAGCGGCUCCUGUGUGAGGGGCUGGCGGGGGCAGUCAGCCUCAGCCUUACCGCGCCCCUGGAGCUCGCUACCGUGCUGUCUCAGUUCGGCCUGGCGAGAGGCCAUUCCCGGGGUGUGUGGGAGGGGGGGACCGGAUGUCUCCUGUGGCUUGCCGAGGGGACUAGGGCUCUGUCUUUCUCUGCUUUUCUCCCAAGGUUUGCUGUGCUGUUCAUGGAUGACCUGGGCUGUAAUUCUCAGUGGAGCUCCAUUGUUGCUCGGAGUCUUGCUGGCAUGGUUUCCACAAUUGUCCCAUACCCUACAGACCUCAUCAAAACCCAGUUAAUUGUGCAGAAUAUUCUGGAACCAUCAUGCAGGGGGCUUACCCAGGCUUUUUCUACUCUUUAUCAACAAGAAGGGCUCCUGGCCCUUUAUUGAGGGGUGUCCCUCACUGUUUUAGGUGCCUUUCCCUUCUCUGCAGGCUCCCUUCCAGUUUACAUGAACCUGGAGAAAAUCUGGAAUGGACCCUGGGAGCGCUUCUGUCACCUGGAGAACUUGGCCAUUGCCUGUGUGGCUGCUGCUGUGAGCCACACUCUCUCCUUUCCCUUUGACACUGUGGAGAGAAAGAUGCAGGCUCAAUGUCCUUAUCUUCCCCACUGUGGAGGAGUAGACAUCUACUUCUCAAGAGCAGCUGACUGUUUCUGGCAGAUAGUGAAGACCAAAGGGGUACUAGGGCUCUGGAGGAAACUGACUGCUAACUUACUAAAGGUAGUUCCAUAUUUUGGAGUUAUGUUUAGCAUGUUUGAGUUCUGUAAGAGAAUUUUUCUUUCAAAUGGCUAUAUCCUGUCCCCACUAACCUAUAAACUGACCCCAGGGAUGGACUGAAGUCUGAAGCCUUAGGAGUCACGGGAAUUAAAGGUGUUCUUCAAACGAAGCAAGCUCGUAAGCAGAACCCCUCCAUGGCUGCCCUGCUGGCGUUCUGUCUUUGAAAAAUUUGAAGGUUGGACACCUAAGGGUCAGAUGCAGUGA